GAGGGUUGGUAGCGCUCUCACACUCCAGCUGAUCGGCCUCGACUCCCGGUGCGGUCCGUCGGACUGUACGCGGUUAUUAGCGUAAAUUUUCUACUUUUAUUCACGUUAAAUACACAGAACCCCUACACACAGCGGCAGCUCGCCUUUUCGACGACGUGUUCUCUGUAUGUUGCCUGUUUUGAACCGUGGAUUACGCCGCGAAAGCUUUCCUGGGAAGCGUCGAGCUGAGGAAUUUGUCCCCACAACAAGAAGGCCGCUAGCUCAUCCCCGGUCUUUCCUAGGGCAGAGGCCGCCGCGUUCAGUCAGCGAUGGGGGACACUGGGAGUGAACGAAGCAAGCCACCGAGUAACGUUAUACCUCCGCGCUGCCCUUGCGGAUUCUGGGGGUCCAGCAAAACCAUGAACCUCUGCUCCAAAUGUUUUGCAGACAUCCAGAAGAAGCAACCCGACGAAGACUGCGCCUCAGAGCCCACCCCCAGCUCCAGCAAUAGCCAAUCAGCAGUCUUCUGUAACGAGACAAGCAGCAGUAGCCAAACCCUGUCCUCCACGCCAGUCGUCUCUGAGGGGCCUUCGACAGACGCCACGCCCCUCACCGCACAGGAAGAAGCCUCGAGUACAGACACAGCCCGCGGCACGCUAUCCACUCCCACAAAACGACCCUGUGAAUCGGGUUCGGAGAGUGACGCAUCCCCAGAGAAGCGGAUGCGAGUUGGAGAGGCCUCUGAAGAGUCUCCGCGAGGGUCUAAGCAGAAGAACCGCCGGCGCUGCCAUCGCUGCCAAACCAAACUUGAGCUCGUACAACAGGAGCUGGGAUCCUGCCGCUGUGGAUACGUGUUCUGUAUGUUGCACCGGUUGCCGGAGCAGCACGACUGUCUGUUCGAUCACCUGGGCCGCGGGAGAGAGGAGGCCGUGCUGAAGAUGGUCAAGCUGGACCGCAAAGUGGGGCGGUCCUGCCAGCGCAUCGGAGAGGAGUGCUCCUGAACACAAACACACCUGCACGCACACACACACACACACACACAACACACACACAGACACCCACAUACACACACAUCUGCAAUGUGGACGAGGAGAACAGGAGGACUUAAUUCACAGCAACAGCAACUCUCCACAGCCCCACUUCCUCCUCCUCCUCCUCCUCUUCCUGUCUUCAGACCAGUGGUGCUUCAGCCCUCAAUGCAGCUCCUCCCCUCAGAACACUGCUGACUCCACCCUGAACUGUAUAAGCCCCGCCUCUACCCUCCCUGCUCACCUAGCACUGUUUUAAACCUGCCUCCUUUCCCACCUGCGUGCACACCACAUACACACCUGAAUACACACACAAACGCACACCUACACACACAUGUAGACACAAACACACACACUUAUGGCUCUGAUACCCCUCACAGCUGUCUUAAGCCCAUUCCUAAGGACCUCGUUGGACGACCCUGCCCAGAAUAUGACCUCUCUGGAACCUCCGGAAAGAAACAGAAGGAAAGGAAAAACCUCACCUGCUCUUUUAUGGCACCUGGGCACUCUGGAUGCUGUCCAUGACCUCUGACCUCUCAGCUACUCCAGCUCCUCAGCUCCCCCCUAGGCCAUGGGAAGUCAUAAAUGUCAUUUUAGCCUAAAAUUACACCAGUGAUAAAACUCAAACUUAGUAAAACUCAAAUUAAAACAUGAAAAAGAAAAAAAAAAAACUUCCUAGUAGAAGCUCUUAAUUUUUGAUAUCAGCUAUGCAAUGUUUACUAGUAAUAAUAUAUAUCAGAUCUAUAGAUCAAAGCCAAUUUGACUAGUCACAUGACCAGGAUCACAUAAUCCUGAUGUAAUUCGUGGGAGUUUGUAUGUGUUGUUACCAUUGGUUACCAUGAUUUUCCCCUUUUAUCUUAUUUAAAAUUAAUCUUUUUUUUUUUUAUCUAGUAAAUUCAUAAUUCAACUUAAAUCUCACCAGAAUUACUGUGCAGAUUAAAAUUGAAUUAUGAAUUUACUUAUAUUAAUUUAUUUAUCAUAAAUACGCAUUUAUGAUAUGUGCAUUUAAGACGUGUUUAAAUUCGCUGUCUAGUCUAUUAAAUUGAUCUGGAUACAAUCUUGAUAUGGCAAAAAAUCAUUCAUGGCCUUAGAUAUCACCAAUUUUUUUUUCUCUAUUAUUAAUAAAGUAUUGAUAAAUAAUCUAAACUUUUGCCAGAAAGUCAGAGUUUCAGUGAAGAUCUGCUGAGUUUUUAAUAGCAUAAAUGUAAGUAUAGAUGAAUAGUGAGAUUUCAUGUAAAUCAAUGGUCAUCCUGGUAAUAUGACUGGUCAAUAUUUUUAUUUAUUUAUUUAUUUUUUAUUUUUUUUGAGAGACACCAAAUAUCUGGCAACCAGAAUGUUUGUCUUAUUUGUAGUAGUCAGCUGAAGAAGUUAAAAGAGAGAAUGGCAGUUUCUUAAAAUAAAAAUAAAUAAAUAAAAAGGCAAGACAAAAAUACAUUAUGCUAUAUAAUUUUAGCAGUGGUGGAAAAAAAAAAAAAAAAAAAAAGCAAAA